UGUCCAUCCGUCCGUCUUUUGUCUGCCUGUUCUGGUCGCGUUCGUUCGUUCGUGUUUUUCUGGCCCCAGAGAUGCUCCAGGAAUUGUCGAACAUGGACCGCAUCACACAACUGCAGGAUGAAAUCCAGAACCUGAUGACCAUCAUGUCGAGCACACUCGCCUACCUGACCUCACGCGCCGAUUUCGCGCAAGUGUCGAGCGAUAUACCCGUCACGAAGACACGCAAUGCGGAGAAGGUCGAUUCGGAGGAGGUGUUUAAUGCGAACAAGAAGGAGCUCGUGGCGGAUCUGAUGAUGAAAGCGAAACAAGUAGAAUAUCUCAUCCAGAGCCUCCCCGCUCCUGAACCGGAGGAGGAACAAGCUAAACGACUCCAAGCCCUCGAAGACGAGAUGAAGAUCGCGAACGAAGAGUAUAUAGCCGCUGUGAACCGCGCAAAGGCACUCCACGCCCAGAUCGACGGCGUACUGAAGACGAUGCUUUCCGAGGACGAGUUCGCAGCGGAGGCGGAGGUCGAGGGGCCAGGAUGAACGCACUCAAUGGUCAAAGGACAAUGACCAACGGCCGAAAGACUACAAUACCGAGAGACCACGAGAAAAGAGCAACACUUGACAGACGCACCCACAUCGUCGAAACAUUGGCUCAUCCUCGUCGCACAAUCGCCAAAGUCCGUCCCUCGACGGGCGUCCGGCUCUUACAAGAGAACUCUCUUCCUACCCAAUAUCACCCACCCAAUACGACCUGGGCUCUGCCGUUUGGAACAGCUCCUUCUUCCGCAGCAUUCAACCUCCUUACGAGCUGAAGAAGGCCCUUAUCAGUACUGGGAGUUCCUGGGUUAUGGAUAGGCUG